GCCAACGGUAAAUUGAAGGGCAGUCUAGUCAUUUCGUGCUCCGUUGCUCUCUCCCUUCAGCGUGUUUAAUCAUCGGCGUUUUCCAGGUCACUGGUUCAUUCAUCAAUCGGAUGCUUGUAGAGAGAGAAACUCACUAGUCUGAAAGAAUUUGGAGGGGAGAGGUGAGAAAUGAAAUAAUAACCUAAAGAUUCUUCUUCUGUGAGAUUCUCGGUGCCAGUUUUGGUUUCUUGUAUAAGAAAAAACGUAAUGGCUGGAGCUUCUUCGCUGGCGGGGUUGCAGGAUCACUUGAAACUAGCGAGGGAGUACGCACUUGAGGGACUCUACGACACCUCAGUCAUCUUCUUCGAUGGCGCCAUUGCCCAGAUCAACAAGCAUCUAAGUACACUAGAUGACCCUUUAGUCCGUUCGAAGUGGACAAAUGUUAAGAAAGCUAUUUUGGAGGAAAAUGAAGUUGUUAAGCAAUUGGAUGCUGAGAGAAGGGCAUUUAAGGAAGCUCCCACAGGGCGGCGACCAUCGUCACCCCCAAUUAAUGCUAAAUCAUCAUUUGUUUUUCAACCUUUAGAUGAGUAUCCGACUUCUUCUGGGCCCCCAAUGGAUGAUCCUGAUGUAUGGCGGCCACCGAGUCGAGAUGCUACAAGUAGGAGACCUGCAAGGGCUGGUCAACCGGGGAUGAGGAAAUCUCCCCAAGAUGGUACUUGGGCUCGUGGUGGUUCUACAAGAACUAGUACAACAGGCCGUGGUGCAAAGACUGCUGGAUCAAGCCGGGCAAAUUCAGGUGUUCGAGCAUCAACUACUGCAAAGAAAGGGUCUGGUACUGGAAAAUCUGGCAAGGGAGAUUCAGCGAAUGGUGAUACUGAGGAUGGUAAGUCUAAAAGGGGACAAUAUGAAGGACCUGAUCCUGACUUGGCAGAAAUGCUUGAAAGGGAUGUCUUGGAAUCCACUCCUGGCGUAAGAUGGGAUGAUGUUGCGGGGCUUACUGAAGCCAAAAGACUUCUGGAGGAAGCUGUUGUUCUUCCUUUGUGGAUGCCUGAAUAUUUCCAGGGAAUCAGGAGACCGUGGAAAGGGGUUCUCAUGUUUGGCCCCCCUGGCACUGGGAAGACACUACUGGCAAAAGCUGUGGCUACUGAGUGUGGAACAACAUUUUUCAAUGUUUCAUCUGCCACUUUAGCUUCAAAAUGGCGUGGGGAGAGUGAGCGCAUGGUGCGAUGCUUGUUUGAUCUUGCAAGAGCAUAUGCACCUAGUACAAUUUUUAUUGAUGAGAUUGAUUCUCUCUGCAAUGCCCGGGGGGCUUCAGGGGAGCAUGAAUCAUCCAGAAGGGUAAAGUCUGAACUGCUAGUUCAGGUAGAUGGUGUAAGUAAUACCUCCACGAAUGAGGAUGGUAGUCGUAAAAUAGUGAUGGUUUUGGCAGCUACUAACUUCCCAUGGGACAUAGAUGAGGCUCUAAGGAGGAGACUGGAAAAGCGUAUAUACAUUCCACUUCCAAAUUUUGAGAGCCGUAAAGAGCUUAUUCGUAUCAAUUUGAAAACUGUCGAGGUGUCUGCUGAUGUGGAUAUUGACGAAGUGGCACGCCGAACAGACGGAUAUAGUGGAGAUGAUCUGACCAACGUUUGUCGAGAUGCUUCUUUAAAUGGCAUGAGAAGAAAGAUUGCUGGGAAGACUCGCGAUGAGAUAAAGAACAUGCCCAAGGAUGAGAUUUCGAAUGACCCAGUGGCAAUGUGUGAUUUUGAAGAAGCGUUGAUAAAGGUCCAGCGAAGCGUUUCUCAAGCUGAUAUUGAAAAGCAUGAGAAAUGGUUCACAGAAUUUGGAUCUGCUUAGAUUAUUUGUGCAAGGUUUCCCCGUGUGUUUAAGGCGUGAUUCUAUCAUCCUUACAUUAUUCUCGUAUUUGUGACAUCAACUGUGGUGUAAGUAAUUUCGUAUGAGCUAUCAGAUAAUUAGCUUGUACUUGCCUGCAAUGUAGGAUAUUAUGAACAAUUUCAGUUGAAUAUUUGUUGGAUGAAUGGUUUUAAUUCAUAUUAUUAUUCUUAUCCAA